UCUGCUGACAGCACUCUUCAUCAGAGAAAAAUAUUCCCGGCUGGCAUAUCACCGCUUCCCCAGGACCACAGCCAGGUUUCUAAGGAGUGCCAAUAAUGAGGAUUGGAGUGAGGAGGAAGAAGUAAUGCCAGGUAUGUCAAGAUAUCUGCCCCCCUCCGAGUGAGGGUGAGGAUCCCUACAGUAUGGAAGACCUCCCACAGAAUCUGAACUACACCCUGAGAAUGAAAGAUGGAAUCAUAUAUGUCUAUGAUAAUGAGGAUGCCUUAAAACAGGAUCAGCCGCGGAGCUUGCCAUAUCCUGACUUGGAAACUUUUGCUAUUGACUUGAGCCACGUCCUUGCCAUGAUUGCAGACGGACCAACAAAGACCUAUUGUCACAGAAGGCUUAACUUCCUGAUGUCCAAGUUCCAACUACAUGAAAUGCUGAAUGAGAUGGCCGAGUUAAAGGAACUGAAAUGCAUUCCUCACAGAGACUUCUACAAUGUCAGAAAGGUUGAUACGCACAUUCACGCAGCUGCCUGCAUGAACCAGAAGCAUCUUCUGAAGUUCAUCCAGGACACCUAUAAGACAGAAGCGGAGCGAGUGGUGCUGGAGAAGAGCGGAAAGAAGCUCACCCUCAAACAGGUGUUUGACAAUCUGAAAAUGGACCCUUACGAUCUCACAGUAGACUCAUUAGAUGUGCACGCGGGCAGACAAACCUUUCAUCGCUUUGAUAAAUUCAAUUCCAAAUACAACCCAGUGGGUGCUAGUGAGCUCCGAGAGAUCUACAUCAAGAGUGAUAACUACAUCAAUGGAGAAUAUUUUGCACGUCUCAUCAAGGAGGUUGCUCAUGACCUGGAGGAGAGUAAAUAUCAGCAUGCAGAACCCCGUCUCUCAAUUUACGGCCGAGCCCCUGAAGAGUGGGACAGUCUGUCCAAAUGGUUUAUCAAUCAAAAGUUAUACUCCCCUAACAUGAGAUGGAUCAUACAGGUGCCCAGGAUUUAUGACAUUUUCAGAUCAAAGAAGAUUGUUUCCAACUUCGCCAAGAUGCUAGAGAACAUCUUCCUCCCACUGUUUCAGGCUACCGUUAACCCUCAGAAGCACAAAGAAACACAUGUCUUCCUGAAGCAUGUGACAGGGUUUGACAGUGUGGAUGAUGAGUCCAAACACAGUGAUCACUUAUUCACCUAUAAGAGUCCAAAACCAGAAGAGUGGACCAUGGAGGAAAACCCACCAUACACUUACUACCUCUUCCACAUGUAUGCCAACAUCAUGGUCCUCAACAACCUACGAAAGGAACGUGGUCUCAAUACCUUCCAGUUCCGUCCUCACUGUGGCGAGGCAGGAUCCAUCACCCAUCUGGUGUCAGCCUUCCUCACAGCUGACAACAUCUCUCAUGGACUCAAUCUGAAGAAGAGUCCUGUGCUGCAGUACCUGUUUUACUUGGCCCAGGUGCCCAUUGCCAUGUCUCCACUCAGCAACAACAGCCUGUUCCUGGAGUAUUCCAAGAAUCCCCUCAGGGAGUUCCUGCAAAAGGGCCUGUGUGUGUCCCUCUCCACAGAUGACCCAUUACAGUUCCACUACACAAAGGAGGCCUUGAUGGAGGAGUACGCCAUAGCAGCACAACUGUGGAAACUGAGCACAUGUGAUGUGUGUGAGAUCGCCAGAAAUAGUGUGCUUCAGAGCGGGCUGUCUCAUCAGGAGAAGAAACACUUCCUGGGUGAGAAUUAUCUACAGGAUGGACCAGAGGGUAAUGACAUCCGUAGGACAAAUGUGGCGCAGAUCCGUAUUGCCUAUCGUCAUGAAAUCUUGUGCAAUGAGCUCAGCUUCCUAGUGGAUGCUGUCAAGUCAGAAGCGUUGGCUGCACAAGCCCUGUAAACAUGGCAGGGUGAUAGAUAGGGUAGAACACGAGUCCAUACGAGUGGACUAGACAUCAGGAUAAAGCCUUAUCUUGAUGCACAAAAGAGCCAUGGAAAUACAUUAUUCAGGUAGCAAGACGUGGAGCUAUGUGACUUAAUGCCUUAUACAGGUAUAUCCCUUCCCAUAGUGCCUUGUAGGUGAUGGAUAUAUUUCAUAUCUCAAAUGUCAAAUAUCCCUUUAAAAAUAGGACGUUCUGAUAAACUGUCUCAGUAUUUUGCAUGGUUUCUGAAAAUGAUGUUUUGAUUGAGCAUACAUUUUUUACCUUUUCUAAACAAGGGAUUCUUUGAGUUUGUGACUUCAACAAUGUAUUCUUUUGUUCAGAUAAAUGUUUUUGUAAGGCGCAGGAACUGGAACUAAUAUUUGCCUUGAUAAACUAGUUUGUUAGCAACCUGAGAUUCUGGGGGGCUUUUAAUUGUUGGCACAGAAUAGACUUGUGUACUUGAACUUGCACAUUUUGUACACCAACAGAGAAGGUUAAACUGUUUUAAGGAUGUUGUAUAAUGUAUGGGUGCUUGGCCUAUGAGGAGC